UACUAGCUGUGGGGCGAAGGAGGCGGCGGCUGGGCACUUUCUGGGGGGGCUGGUGGGGGGAGGGGGACAGAUCAGUGGCUGUGAUUGCCUCCCCUCCCCCCGGCUCCAAUCGCUGCAGCCAGCGCUCAGCCCCCAGCGAGAGCCCCCGGAUCGAUCCCCCCGUGUGCGGAUCGCGGGGCGGGGCGGGGCGCCCCCUCCCCCCCCCUGCCCGCCGCAGCUGGAGGAGGAGGAGGCAGCUCGAGAUCCCAACAUGGCUGAAAUCAGCAUUGAUCAGUCCAAGCUACCUGGCGUCAAGGAAGUGUGCCGAGACUUCGCCGUGCUGGAGGAUCACACCCUCGCUCACAGCCUGCAGGAGCAGGAGAUUGAACAUCACUUGGCAACAAACGUUCAGCGCAACCGCCUGGUGCAACAUGACCUGCAGGUGGCCAAGCAGCUGCAGGAAGAGGAGGAUCUGAAAGCACGGGCCCAAAUCCAGAAGCGCUACAAAGACAUAGAACGGCAGGACUGCGAGAUAGCUCAGGAAAUUCAGGUGAAAUUGGUGAUUGAAGCAGAACAACGGCGCAGACAAGAGGAGAAAGACGAGGACAUUGCCCGCAUCCUACAGCAGAAGGAACUGCAGGAGGAAAAGAAAAGUAAAAAGCACUACCCAGAACCCCAGGGACACACCGCUCACGAGGACAGUUACUACCCAGAGAACGGAGACCAUCUGAGGGGUAGCUCCAGGGAGCAGGUUUCUGAGUACUCGAGGCCCCGCAGAGCCCGGAGUGGUGACAGGCACGUGCGUGAACGGAGAGAAUCCCAAAGAGCCUCCCUGGCUCUUUCUGAUAAUGCCACUGAAUGCGAGUAUCCCACCGCCGAGGAGUCUCAGAGCUCUCCUCUGCUGAGCAAGACCAGGGACGGUAACCAACGUAGCAGGGAGCGGCGGAAACCAGCCAGCCGGGAGAGGCCUCGGAGACCUCCCAGCCUUGACCUGGACAGGACAGCUGACUUUGAGCCCUGGGACCGCAGCAGCAGCUUGGAAAGGAAGCCACUGAACCGUGAGAAAUCCAGGAGACCUCCCAGCCUUGAUCUGGACAGACCAGUUGAAUGCAAGGCCUGGGACCACAGCAGCAGCUGGGAGCGGCAGGAAAGGAAACCAAUGAGCCAGGAGAGGCCUCCGAGACCUCCCAGCCUUGAUCUGGGCACAGAGGUGGGACGUGCCACCUGGGAGCAAAAAGAAAAAAGGCCAUUGAGCCAGGAAAGGCCUCGGAGGCCUCCUGCUCUUCAACUGGACCUGGAGACUGACCAGGCAGCCUGGGGCCACAGCAAAAGCCAGCAGCGGAGAGACAGGAAGCCACUGAGCAAGGAGAGAGCGAGGCGACCUCCCAGUCUUGAUCUGGAGGCAGCUCAGGACCACAGCAGCAGCUGGUUAUCCAACCCGGAAAACCAAAGGUCCCACCGCCAAGACCGCAUGUCCCCCAGGGGGUCUUGUGAAGUGAGGUUCCGUGACGCAGAGGAAUUGCACAGGCAAGAUCACAGGAGGGGUGAGGAGAGCGAUUAUAAAAGAGCAGGACACGGGCCAAGAACGUCUCCCUCCCCCCACGCUGAGAACUGGGAAAGGGACAAAGACCGCCAUCGAGACCCAGGAUUGAAGUCGAGGGGGACGAAAGAAGCUGUUUAUGCCAAACCCCGAGUGGCCCGUAGGGACCUGGAGCUGUAUGAUGCAGAGAUCGCUAGGAAACUGCAAGAGGAAGAACUUCUGGCCAACCAGGUUGAUAAGAGGGCAGCGCAAGUAGCCCAGGAUGAGGAGAUAGCUCGCCUGUUGAUGGCGGAGGAAAAGAAGGCUUAUAAGAAAACGAAGGACCGAGAGAAGUCCUCUCUUGAAAAGAAAAGGCAGGACCAAGACUGGAAGCGUGACACAAGCGAAUCCGCGCGUCCAAGGUCAAGAGAAAGGCUUGAACCUCAGAGACCCAAGAGUGACAAACCCGCACGGCCGCCGCCACCGUCAGUCACAGAACUGGACGACUUUGAUCACAGUCAUGGUUUUACAAGCCAGCCUAGCUCCGUGCGUCAGUUUUCUAAACCUGAGUCUUCUCCAAAAGGUUUCCAUUACAAGCAGUAGAAAGCUAGACUUUGCAUUGAUACUGACUCUCUUCUGUAGCAAACGUUACUGGAAUUCCCAGGAGAGCUUCUCAUUUCCUUUACCCAACUCGAGUUCCAUCCUCAGGACUUCUUCCUUUUUAAAUGUCAUGUCAAUAAGUAGUGUAUGUUCAUUCUGGUUUCCUGGUUGUUUGUGAUCACUUUAGUAGCACAGUAAAAUCUAGCCACUGUGUAGCUGGCCAGCUGUACCUAGCUAGCUGAUCUGACACCACUUUUCCAGCCCUCUGAAUCCCUUUUUAGCUACAGCUGCAUCUUUGACAAUUAGUGGCUUGAUCUUUUUUUGAGAGAGAGAGAGGGAGACAAUUGGGGGGAAAGUCCAAGAUGUGAGGUGGAUUAUGGCAAUGCAGAAAUCAAGAAACAGGAUGGAGAUUAACAUGUGACUAAGAUGACCCACAGCUUUCUGUUGUAACCGGGAAUGCACAUCUUCCCGAGUACUGAGUGAGAAAACGGAGCCAAAUCAACACAGAGCAACUGAUAUUUUCCAUGGUAGUUGGCAUGAAGGUGAACGCAUCUUCGUACAUCUACCAGCAGGCUGCUCGGACUUCACGCCCUUUGGAGGAAAAACUGUUCUGUCUACAAAGUCUCUGUUGUGCUGUCACUUCUUAGGAAACACCCUUUGGGUGACGCACGUAACGUGCUUCUGUGUCUGAGUCAGGCCUCUGAAUAAGGGGCUAUAAAACUUCAGCUCUUGCUGUACAUCUCCUAUGUAUUGCUUUUAAGAAGUUUUCAAUUUCUUGAUGCAGCUGUCAGUGGUGGAGCCAGAGGGGAAUAUAAAUUCAUGGACCAUAGGACCAAAAGGGACCAUUAUGAUUAUCUGGGGUGACUUUGUGCACGGCACGGGUCAGAGAACCUCACCCAGUAAAAAUGGGGGAAAUUAGUCUUCUUUACACCAUUGAGCCCAAUAACUUGUGGCUGAACCAGAGCGUGUUUUCUAGAAGAGCACCCAGUCUCGGUUUGUUUAAGAUGCCAUGUGAGGAUGACGUAAUCACUUCCCAGAGUGCAGGAAUCCUCUGUCAAUCAAAGAUACCUGCCUAGGUUCUCUCCUGUACUGAUCCUUGUGUCCCCACCCGCCCCAUGGGAGACGAGUACUUCCCGAACCGCCUCCCAGGUCUUUCAGCCUUAGCGUUUUUGUCAGUCUCUGUGAAAAUACAUUUGAAUUGCAAAACUGACCAUAGAUGUACAGUAAGUUCUUAAGCCUAUCCAGCCAAUAAGGGCUAGGUGGCCAGUCCGCAAGUCAGUGGCUGUGCAUUGGUGAGCAGCCUGGGAGGGAAACUCCCUGAAUUGCUGCUACCCCAGAGAGGCAGUAAACUGCACUGAGUCUGUGCUUGGUGCAUCACUUGGUUCCCUGACCUGCCAGGGUCACGAUGCUGCUGGGCGCACGGAGAGGUGGGGAACGCAGCGGCUCUCCAGAGCCUGCUCGCACGAAGCGAUGGUGCACCGUGCUGGCACAAGGGAGUAAGGAAUGCUUCUGCCCCUCUGCUCCUUUGUAGCGGUCUGCAGGAUGGGCCCCAAUCCAGCCCCAAGGCCACGUCUUCGCUAGGAAAAAAAAAGGCGUGUUCUUAACUCCCAGCUAGGAAAGUCCUAGCAAAGACAGGGCAGUCAGUAGCUGGCCCACGAGCUAGCAGGUCGAGUUCAAGGCUAUGGAGCAGCCUAGUUUACCCUGACCUAACUCGUGUGAAAAAUACAAAUUGCCUGGUCUUCACGAGGCCUUUACCUCCGAUUAGUUACCCUGUGUUAGAACAAUAGCUGCCAUGCAGCGCCUUUCAGCUGUAGAUCUCAAAGCAGUUUACAAAUCAUUUUACAGCUGGGGAAACUGAGGCAUAGAGAGGACUGAUGAUGUGCCUAAGGUCACCCAACCGGCCCGUGGCCGAGAGGGGACUAGAACCCAGUUGUCUGAGUCCCAGUCCAGUGCUCUAUGUAUCAGGCCACACUGCCUCUGUUAGCUAGUGUGAGUCAAGAACGCACCUUUGUUCUGAAUGAAAAGAAGGCUUAGGUGAGUUAGAAAUAACUUGGGGGUUUUCUGCAUUGUUGGUAUCCCCUGCUGUUGAAUGGACUCCGGCCGACGUCUCCAGACUGCACAGGAGCGCGCCUGCUCUCCCCUCUGCCUCUCUCCAGGGGACUCGGAAGCUCUCUCUUCCUCUUCUCAGGAAACAGCCCCGCUUGUGGCUAGAUUUGACUGCCCUUGUCUCCUGCUCUUUCAGUUGCCCCACAUCCAUCUCGUCAGAAGCGUUAAUGGAGUUUUAAAGGAAACGAUCCCAAGAUGCAUCGUGUACUUUUUAUUUGACAAUUUUGGCAAAUGUGCUGGUGCCAUUUGCAAGGUUUUUAUGUUAUAAAUGUUUAUUUUUAUAUUUCAUGGAACAGUCAACAUUUCUACUGCCGAGAAUGCCACUUUUCUGUCUUUUCCUGCAUUCCCCCAACCUGCAUGUAUUGUGAAAUGGAACGGGGGCUGGGGGCAGUUUCUGUACUGACAAUUCUCAAAUGGUCCAAGACCAGGUCCUGCCCCUUGGGUCAUCCGGGAGGUAUAAAAAGUUGCCAAAUCAGAAUACGGUUGCAUUUUACAGUGGCUUUGUGCAAGUCUAAAGGACGUCACAAGGCGGGGAGAAUCCGAGCCCUGGAGCUCAGCUCCUAUUGGCAGCUAAUGAUGUUUUUCCCCUCCCGCGCCCCGACUGGAGGCUGCAGUUUCCAUCUUAUCCCCAUUAGGAAAGUCUUUAAGGGCCUGAUCCUGCUCCUGUUUCCGGGCCCGAUUCUGGAAAGCAUCCCUAUUCAAGAAAGGUGCUCAAGUCCCAUUGAAGUCAAUGGGACGUAAGAUGCUUAGUUAGGUGGCAAAGCUCCCGUUGACUUGAAUGAGAACUGGAUCGGGCCCUAAGGACCCAGCCCUGCUCCUGUUGAAGUCAAUAGGCAUCUGUUGAGCAAGGAUCAGGUCAUCAAUAGGUGGAAGAUCGAGGACCUGAUUCAGCACAGGCCGAAGCAGCCAUGAAUGACUCUGUUGCUAUCAGUAGAGUGGCCGCUGCUUAUGCCAGACAUAACAUUGGCCCUUAGAGCUAAAGCUCUGGCUGGUUGGUUGGUGUCAGUGAUGAUUCUAAUAAGACCCAGCCUGGGCUAUGUGCUCUUUCCCUGAUGGAAAGCCAGGGAACCGACCCUUCUGUUGCUCCGUUUAAGUACCUUGGCCUAUUGCCUUGCUCUGAAUUAAAACGUAUUCGGCAAAAGGCUGGAAAACCCUGCUGGUGUCGUUCCCACCUCUGUUGCAUUUCUUCCUGUGUGCUUUAUGACAAGCAACAGAACAGAAAGUGCAUGGCAGUGAAGCCCGUUGCUUCCUGAGUUUCCUUAGCUGGCAGGCACACAUCACUAAUGCGGCCUGAAGCUUCGAUGUGUGCAGCUCACUUCGUACAACAAGAGCGGGAAGCAAACGGAUUUCCAUACCCGGUCUUGGUCGAUGUUCUUGCCACCACCUGGUCUUCCGUCCAAAGCACAAGAGUUGUAGCGAUCUUUGAGGAGCGAGGUUAGGCGAACUGAGUGAUCGUGCCUUAAUCCCAGGGUAGUCGACACCGUAGCCAUUCUGAUCAGAGUCAGCGUGCUAUAAAAUAAAUCCAGCCUGCCAUCUUAAGACAUGUACUGUACAAGGAGGAGAAUGGAGGAUGCCAAUGGGAGACAGAGGCAGCAGGUUAACCUCAUGGCUUUUAAAGGACUUUCUGGUUACUGUUGUGAAAAAAACAUUUUUUAAUUGGUAGGUUAUUUUUUAUCAUUUGACUUCCUUCGUGGGGAGGGAGGGUAGAAUCUACAACAGCUGAAAUCUGCUUAGCUCUACAAAAGGAUCUUGUAUGUUUCAGUAUUUUUAUAUUGCAGCAAGGCAGGUCUUUUAAGAUGGGAAUUGAGACAAUUCAUCUUUAAUACAGGAAAAAAUGGAUUUUUUUAUAGUCCACUUUUGAGAUUUUUAUUUUGUGCCAAAUCAGACCAGCUGUUCCAGCAUAGAUUAUUCAUUCAACUUACCACACUGGAUUGAUGUAUGUACGUGUGUAUUUUUUUUAUGCGGGAUUGUUGAUUAAUAUUCGCCUGCGUGCAAGCUAACUGUCGAUUGCAGAUUGAUGAUUUCCACGAGUGGGAACGUUUUGGAGGCAGUGCAAAGACAAUGUUUUUAUUUUAAGGCUGCAGAAUCCCCAGCCUACCUUGUGCUCUUGUAACCCAGCAUGGCCAAUCAGUAAAAUAAUUAAAAGUGGCCUUCUUACGCAGCAUAUCCUCCCGGGCAUCUGCCACCCUAAGCAGGUUCUCAGUGCUGGGAGCCUUGCAGAGCCAGUGCGGCUGUGCUGAGAUACGACUGAGAUGGGCACAAUACUUAGGGGGAAGUGGGAUCUGGGUUGUCCCACGGGCCUUGCCCCCUGGGAAGCUCGAUCCAAGCAGAGUUGUUAUGGAAGGGAUCCUGCAGCACCAGGGAACAUUUGAAUUUGCACUUGCCCCAUCAUUUUCCAGAUCUGCAGUUGAAUUUUGCCCAUCUGCCAGUGCAGGAGACAGUUCUUGGGGCCCCUUAUCUCCUGAGUUCCAAAGCUCUCUUGACUUCCCCUCAUUUUGUUGGUUUGGGAGACACCUAUGGGGCAGCACUGAUUGUGAUGGGAGGUUCGGCAGUGCAGCUUGGAGCUGUAUAUAUCCCUCAAUAGCUGGUUGCUUCUGUUGAGAAGAUAUUUUUAAUCACUAUCGGUAGCAGUUGCACAGUUUAUUUUUUAAGAUGAUGCUGUAACAGACCUUGUGGUUCUCUAAUAAUGUCACGGUCGUGGUCACUAUGCUGCACACAAUGGCUCUAGCAGGCCUAGAACUCAGCACCUCCUGCGCUGAAAGCACAGGGCCCUGCCUCUUGCGCUAGAAAUGUCUCUCCAUUACCAAUUAGCAGCACAGGGCCUAUAAUGAGACGCAGUUCAGACUCUAUCCAGCAGAGGGCAGUGGUGGAGACAAACACUGCCCCCUUAACUACAGUACUGUCUUUGUCCCAAUAAACAGUUUCACUGUAUCAGUGUUCUCUUUAAGUAGAUUCUGCUGUGUCUCCACCUGUGUUUAUGCACUGCAAUACAGCUAACCACCUCAGAGAAGUAACUAAUGUAGCUCUUCAGGGUAAACGUUCAGCCUGGGGCAAGGAGAUAUUAGCCAUAGAGUAAAAUUAAUUAGUCAAGUGGCUAACUCCCUCAGAGCUGCAAACGCACCCUGUGUUCUAACAGCUAACCCAUAAAUGUAAAUUGUACACUGACAAUAAUCCAUCUAUGCAACCCUAUUAUUUUUUGACUGUUCGUCCUAUAGUUUUACCAGGUUUAACAUAGAACUUCUGAAUGAUAUUUAACCAAAGUAUCACGUUUGUGUGAGAGUAGCAUGUUUUGCUUCUUUUUUCCUGAACUCAUUGAAUGUAAAGAGAAUAUCGCCUUGUCCAUCUUGUUCAAUAAACCAUAGUCUUUUGUUAUCCACCUGCAUCCAUCUGUGUUCUUCUCCACGGAUUCAUAAGGCUAUUGAACUUAAUUAUUUUUCUUAAUGUGAGUCAAAAGGCUUGCGAAGUACAUUUUCCUUGUCUAGUGUCCCCUUUUUGUUGCUUCUGUAAGAGCUGGAAAGGUGUGAGAUUUCACGUUCCAGAUCAUUCCAUCCUUGGCUUCUUUUGGUGCUUCGCUUAUAAUACCAAUGAUUAUGUUCUUCCAACUUAAUAGAAGUAGCAAAAUAUUGGUUAUAUUUUAACUCGAUUGUAUUGUGUCCAGAGAGAUUGAGAAGGGUGGGUAAUGUCAUGGAAGGAAUCUGGUCUGUUUCCCUUACUGAGACUGUGAUACUGAAAAAAUAAAACAGUGGAUUUAUUUGCA